GCAUGGAGAGACGAAGAUUUUAUCGACUAACCUUGUAAAAAUUCUUUCAAAUAUUGAAACUGAAAUGCAAUUGUUCUAAAGAACCAAAAAAGAAAAACUACCGCCUAUUAGGCUAAUUAAUUCAUUACAAUAACACCCGGUAAUUAUAAAGAAUAACUUUCGAUUGGAAUUUUGUGUUUCUCAUUUACAUCAACUGAAAUAUAUUUGGGGGCUCUGCAAAGACCGAAAAUUUACAAGUGAAUAGUGUUCGGUAGUGCUUAACAAGCGAGGAAAUGGCUAUGCAUCCAGAUUGGUCAUCAGAUAGUGAUGAUAGUCUUUUUGAUGACGAUGGGGAUAUUUAUUUUAAGGAAAAACUUAAACUUAUGAGGGCGUCAGAUAUUCCCCAUGAGCUCAGUGAGGAGGAAAAGCUCAAACAGACAUUAAAUUAUCUUUACAAUGCGAUCUUCUCGGGAUGUGUGGAGAAGGUUCAAGAAUUAAUAUCAACAGGGAUUAAUGUUAAUUCUGAGCUGCGAGACAAGUGGACUAGCAUUAUGCUAGCAGCGAGUUAUGCAAAUGCAGAUAUUAUCAAGCUUCUUAUAGAAUCUGGGGCUAAUAUCAACCAAACUAGAGACGCUGUAUCUCCAUUAAUGAUGGCAUGUAACUGUCCUGACUAUACAGCGCCUUUUGAAAAGUCUUUGGAAGUUAUCAAAUUAUUAGUUGAAAAUGGGGCAUCGGUUCAAGCCAUCAACAGAAAGAGAAUGGAUGCUUUAAUGUACGCUGCUUGCAACGGACAUUUGCCUGCGGUAGAAUAUCUCUUGCCAAAAUCCAAUAAGCAAGCUGUAGAUAAUCAACAAUGGAGUGCGUUAACUUGGGCUGUGAGCAACAACCAGUUUGAGGUUGUUAAGUUCUUAUAUGAGGACGGCUUUGAUAUUACUUUAACGGAUGUUCGUGGAAACAGCCCUGUUGAUAUUGCAAGGGAUAAUGGUCUUGACGCAAUUAUUGACUUGUUUCCAAAACGGGAUAUUGAUUUAGCUGAAACAAUUGAAUCAGAUUGCCGCAAGACAUUCAAGGAGACCUUUGAGGCACUAGAAAUAGGCAAAAAGCCAGCGUUUUUUGAGGAUAUUUGCAACUUUCUUUUAGCUGUAAAGUGCGAGGAUCUAAUACCAUUGUUUUUUGAAAAGAAAGUACAUAUAUGCGAGUUUUUAUCGAUGUCCGACAAAGAUUUAAAGCACAUCGGUGUUCUUUUGCCAUAUCAACGUAACAGAAUUUUAACUGGUUUGAGUCGAUUUCACAAGCAACCCUACAAUCCCAAGUCGCUGCACAUUUGUAUAAAAAAUGGCUCAUUUAGCAACAUAGACGUGGCCAUCGAACUGUUGUCUGCAGUAAAGCAAGUCAUAGCUAUGGAAGCCAGUAUUAAAUAUUUACUAGGGCAUUUACAAGGAACUGAAUUAUCGAACGAAGACCGUGCGCUACUCACCAGGCAUGUUUGCGAGAUUAAGAAGCAAAUUCAUAACAUGAAAGGUGUGACCGGUAAACUCAAAAAAGUAUCCAAGAAGUGGGAUUCUAGAGCAACACCGGCAGAUCUAAUUACUAAAAAAUCUAUCAGGAGUAAAUUUCCAUGGAGGAAAGUCGGCUUUUGCUUGGGUGUAUGUGGGGUCGUUUUAGCGUGUAAGCUCAAAUCCACUAUUCAAAAAUAAAUAUUUUCUACUUUUGUUUAUUAAUAUUAAAAAACAAUGUGUAUUAAUUCAUCCUAUCAUUAUAACAUUGGACGGAGUAAGUAGAAUACAAAA